AUGGAUUUUGAUGAGAUUAUGGAUAAUAGGAUUAAAUCGGAAAUGAUUAUCAGUAAAGACAGCUCUCUUUAUGAUGAAUGGCUUAACAAGAAGACCACCGAAACCACUAAAUUCUAUGUCUUUGAAGUGGAAAAUCCCGUUGAGAUCCUAAAUGGUAUGAAACCCAAAGUCAAAGAAGUGGGACCUUUUGUCUUCAGAUCCAAUGUCUUUGUGUCCAAAUCAAUCCGAGAGAUACUCUUCGGCGGCACUAAUGACUCGCAAAUACGACAAAUUUCCCAAUACUUCCCGACCCUAUCGCGAAGUGGUGUCACCACACCUAAGCUGUUGCCGCAAAAGUUUGCUCUCUUUGCCAAUAAUACUGAGAAUAAGUUCGAGGUAUUGACGGGACAUAAGACGGGUCUCUACUCACGAAUUCUCAAGUGGAACGACAAAUCGAGUCUGUCCGUAUGGACGGGUCGUUCAUGUAAUCUAGUGAAUGGUACGAAUGGUUUCCAAUUCUCGCCAUUAAUUCAGAGAGACGACAGACUAUUUGAAUAUUCAACUGAUAUUUGCAGAUCAAUUGAAAUGAGUUAUGAGAGUCAAGAAGAUAUCGAUGGCAUUCCUAUCUAUCGGUUCAGUCCGGUUGACAAUGCCUUCUAUAGUCCCAAACAUAAUAAGGAUAACACCUGUUAUUGUCUUUCGCCGAAAACACCGGAAAAGUGUAAUUUCAUCGGCAUUUUAGACCUGUCUUCGUGUACCGGCGCACCACUCAUACUAUCAAAUCCACACUUCAGACGCACCUCCGAAGUGAUCACCAAAAGUAUUGACGGACUUUCACCUGAAGAACGACUACACCAUACAUUCAUUGAAGUGGAACCAAUCUCAGGUUUGGUGACCUAUAGAGCGCGUCGCUAUCAGCUGAAUGUUCACACGAAGAAAUGUCCACUCAAUCAAAAUGUGGGCAAAACUUUGAAAGAAGCGAUCAUUCCGUUGGUUUGGUUCGAAGAAUUGGCAGAAGUGGACGACAACUCGAAAGACACCAUUAAAUAUGUAUUCGUUUAUCCCAUUAAAUACGAAGAGGUGGUCGCCUUUGGUCUCAUCAUACUGGGAGGGGUACUGUUGAUCACAUCCCUGUGCUGUUGCUGUUGCUGCGGUGGCAAAAACAAAAAAGUCGAUCCGAUAUCGAGUCAACACAGUUACCCAUUGGACUCCAAACCGAUCGUUAAUACCAUAAACGGCCCGUCCCUUAAUGGCCCGACCCUUAGCCAUAGCACUACUAUAAGCCAUAAUUACGACCAAAUAUUUAAAGGCAUAGAAAACCAAUGA